AUGUCUUCCAGAGCAGUCUUCGUAUCGCUUCUCUUCCUUUGGCACUGUACUGUUGCAUCACCAGCGGGUCCUGGAUCCUGGCCGAACGGCACUUCUUCUCCUGUCAAGGAUGUUCAUACCGCUGCAGCGUAUAGUUUGAUAGACAUAUACGAUGCAACUAACUGGCUCGACAAGUUCAACGUUGAGGCUAUCCCCGAUCCCACUCACGGCUUUGUCGAAUAUGUCAACGCUCAGCAAGCUCGGGAAUUGGGCUUGAUGCAAGCACAUGGAAAUCAGAUGUACAUGGGAGCGGAUACAUCAUCGUACCUCGACCCCAAAGGGCCUGGACGAAAGAGUGUCAGAAUUCAGAGCAAGACGGCAUACAACCGUGCGCUUGUAAUUGCGGACUUUGCGCAUGUGCCUGGCGCUGCCUGCGGUUCUUGGCCAGCAUUCUGGAUGGUCGGCCCUAACUGGCCUCACCAAGGCGAGCUCGACAUCUACGAAGGUGUCCACCUGAAUACGAACAACCAGGUGACCCUGCACACAUCCCCAGGUUGCAUCCCCUCUAUAGGCGAAGGUGGCGAGACUGGUCGUCGCAACACCAAUCCGGACUGUGGCGCAAACGGUGGGUUCGAAGGCUGCGGUGUCUUGUCCGACAGUCCAACGUCCUUUGGCUCAGCCUUCAACGGCGAAGGAGGCGGUGUAUAUGCUACUUUAUGGACGUCUUCUGGCAUCAAGGUCUGGUACUUUCCCUCAUGGAAUGUGCCUGAGAACAUUAGGAGUGGUGGUCCAAAUCCGGAUUCGUGGGGAACGCCUGUUGCAAACUUCGGUAAUGGAUGUGAUUUUAACGAAAGGUUCAGGGACAUGAAUAUCAUUUUCGAUAUAACCUUUUGCGGUGACUGGGCUGGCGGUGUCUGGGGUUCGACGUCUUGCGCGCAGGCGAACCCGAGCUGUAAUGCGUAUGUGGCUAGCCAACCUCAGGCGUUCUAUGACAGCUACUGGUUGGUGAACUCGGUGAAGGUGUACAGCGUCUAA